AUGAGCUUCCUCUCUCGCGCGGUGACCUUCUUUGGUCUCAUCCUGCUAGUUCACGCUGGCUACUCCGCUCACGAACACACUCUCCUCUCCAGCAGCCUUGCAUCCACCACUCUCCCGCAAGAUAUCAUCAUCGAAACGCUCGUUUCUGUCCUCAUCGUUUCAAUUGGACUUGUGCUUAGCGCGCAGAAACUCAAGCCAGUCAGCUGGCGCGAAUGGGCCGGCGAGAUCGAGCGGGAAGGCGGUUCCCGCAACCCGUACAUGAGUCUGGAGGAGCGAUAUGGAUUCUGGGAUAUUCGGACCAAACGAAAGGAGUUUGCGGAUUGGGUGCGUGGUCAGGAUGUGUCGAUCAAGGAGUGA